AUGGCGCUUGUCGACGCUCCCUCUCUGGCCUCUUGUUCAGAUUCGUCCCUCCGUAUCACCCUCAAACCCGAAUCGACGACGCCUGUUCCUUAUCCGCCGCGUCACAUCGAUUUCGCCAGUGACCUGGAUGAAUCCUUCGAUCAUGUCGAGCUCUCGUCUUCCUUGGAUGGCUUGCACAUUGAGGGCAUCGACGUCUUGAACACCUUGGAUAGCAUGACAGCUUUCAGUAUUCCUCUCCACGACAACGACAUGCGCCACUCCGUCGGUGCCAGCCCGUACUCAUUGCCACCCAAUGGACAAACCACGUGCCUUACGCGGGGCUCAAAUAACGAUCGGCUGCUCGAAGACAGCAUUCCCUUCCGCAAGUGGAUGAAAGCCUUGCACCGUCGAGCCAGGCACCGUGCCGACUCGGUUGACAACGGCCACGACACCUCCGGGGAUCCUUCCAGUCCUGUCUGCUGGUCGCCACAGUCUCCAAGGAGGGCCCAUCACAGGUCUUCAUCCUCGGGCUCGUCCUUCGAUUUUGUCGCAGCUGUGAAAAGCGCCAGCGUCAGUCUUGCUAGUGCCAGCAUCGUCACGCGUCCGAUGAAGGACCCAGGCCUGGCUUGCCGGCACUCACGGACUGAACGUAGUAGCAGGGCGUCUUUUACUGCUGCGAGAGUGUCAGAGGAUAGUGGCUAUGGAGACCGGACAUUAGCCCACGAUCCAGCUGCCACCGAGCGAUCGCUGCAGCGCCGCCGCAUCCUCGAAGAGCUUAUCAGCACCGAGGAAGGGUACAUCGGCGAUGUUCGUUUCCUCAUGAAUGUUUACGUCACGCUUCUCGCUUCUCUUCCAACGCUGCCGCUGGGCAUGCGUUCUUCGAUCAAUCGUAACCUCACAGACAUUAUCCAGUUGCACGAGGAAAUCCUCAGUGAUCUUCAUCGCGUUGUUCCAGACUCGGAGUAUGCGCUGCCUGACUUUCCUCGGCCCCCGGCUGCUUCCACAGGUCAAGGCCACCGAAGAUGGCGCAGUCUCGACGCCGUUCCGGAGCACCACCACCCCGCGCCGUGGAUCAGAGAAGCACCGAGCAUUGGCUCAGAAGCUCAAAUAGCAGGUGAUGUUGCGAGGGUUUUCAGCAGGAAGAUGAACCAGUUCUUCAUCUAUGAAGAAUAUGGGGCUAAGUAUGAGAUGAUGAUUAAAGACAUGGCUUCGACACAGCGCAAAAUGCCACACUGGGAAGAUUAUCAAAAGGGAUUGGAGGCUUUGGCAUCCUCUUUGGGUCCUGUGAACUCCCGGUUCGACCAGUCGAGGAAAUCGUUAACUAUUGGAGAUCUUCUCGUCAAGCCGAUCCAAAGGAUGUGUAAAUAUCCUUUGCUUUUUGCCGAGCUUCUCAAGUAUACCCCUGUAGUCGAUGACCCUAAUUCUCACAUGGAGGUCGAAAGUGCUCUGUUACGGCUUCGGGAGGCGACAGCCGAAAUCAAUCGCGCUACGAAUGACGCCUUUAUGAGGACCACCCUGCAAAAGACAUGGAUCUUACAGGAUCGUCUUGUCUUCCUUGAUCAACGCAUCGACGCGGCGACGAAGACCAGGAUACGUUCAUUUGGCCACAUCGAACUUUGCGGUGCCCUCCACGUCUGCUGGCAGGCUCGUGAGGGUGUUUGUGGCCGAUAUAUGGUCUGCCUUCUCUAUAAUGAUGUGCUGUGUCUGGCGUCGGCAGGCAAGGCUGAUCAAAUUUACACGAUUGAGGCAUGCAUCAGUCUCAAUGGUAUCAAAGUCGAGGAGCCUGAUAAUGGUCGAGAACAAGACGAGUGGCGUGGCCGUCUGGAGCAGUCAGCGAAGGAAUGUCAAGAGCAAUCCGACCCCAACCUGUUGUACAGCUCGAUGUCGCUCGACAUUCGAAGCCUGGGCACAGUCUUUGGAAAACCAGGUCAGUUUGAAUCCUUCGCCGGCGCGAUGUUUGUUCAAGUGACUGAGUACGAAGUAGGUACGGUGGCGCGACGGAUUUCCAUGCAUCGGGCGAUGACCAUUGGCUCGAAAACACCUCUAUGCCAGGUCAUUCUGAAGAAUACCAGUGACGUUCGCGAGGCACCUGCAUUGCCUCUGAACCCAACGAUCAACAGAUCGCAAUCGCUCUUAUCAACCUCUGCAUACAGAGUGCCGGUGCUGGCACCGCAUCGUGCCGAACGCGCGCGACUCGAAGCCCUGUUGUCGGAUAUCUGGAGUCGCGACGUUCUCCCUUUCCCUAGCAUGACAGGGAGGUCGAGGAGCGAGAAUCUUGUCAGAAGCUCCGCGAGCACUAUGAUGCGGAAGCUGAGUGUCACAAGCAUCACUAGUUCUUUUACGAAGCGGUCGAACAGUGUUGUGAGCAUGACGAAACUCAUCGGCGAAGACGAGGCUGCCGAUGUUCUCGAAAUGCGGAGACCAGUAUCCAAGUUAUCGAGAGUGAGCAGAUCAUGGACUGAGCAAGACGGUGACCUCCAUGCCGGACCGACGUGUGGCGCCAUUCUGCAUCGAAUUCGGGACGAGUCCGAGAAGAAGGAUCCAGGCAACGCGCCUACGGGGGCUGCGUUGGUGCCGACGCCAAUCGAGGUUCUUGGUCAAGGGAGUGCAGAAGCUCAACACCAUGACGAAGAUGUCGUGAUGAAGGACAUUGGUCGCAAGGACAUCAAGACGCUACAGGAUUCCCCGACAGGCGGCCGCUCUGUCAGGAAGGGCACAAGACGGGGUAGGCCGGUGCCACCAACCCCCCGACCGUGCUCGGCGACACCCACCGGUUCGGUGAAAGAGGAGCCCUGCUCCAUGGCAGCCAAACGGGCUGCGAAGAAGGCCAAACUUGCGCACGGGGCGGGGCCUAGCCGGUGGGGCAAGGUCGGUGUGCUCAACAGAGACGUAAUGAUACAAGGUAUUCGCAGCUUCUUCCGUUAG